GCCGUGCAUGACCGAGCUUGGGCCUGGGCGUGCGUCGAGGUCCAGCUCUGUGACGGCUUCAACGCCUUCUCGGCCCGUGCCCAAUGCCGGCAGUACCUGUUCCUGCUGAACGUGGCGUUGAACCCGUUUGGCGGAGCGGUCUCCGUGCUCUCCCUGCAUCCUCGGGCGUUGUCGGCGGCGCCAUGUUCUUUGGAGUUCGAGGUAAGACUCAGGUACUGCUGCAACAUCAACCACCGUGGCGACACCAGGAAACUACGUUUAAAGUAGGGUGCACUGAUCUCUCCGGUGGGUUGUCGAUAUCCGAGUACUCUUCCCGGUUAUUCCUGCACAAUUACGUCCAUCCACAUGACAUCCGUACUAUCAUGGCCAGUUUCGGCGUAGUACAUGUUUCCUUGGAACUAUCAUUAUGUUGUAUUAACAGACUUUCUUUCUUUUUCAUAUUGUGCAGAACUCAGAUUUAUGACAAGGACACAAGCAAAUUUAUAGCAUCCGUUGUGAUGAUACAAGGGAAGUAAGCAUAGAUGCGCUCAACGUGAUGAUAGAUGGGAGAGCUCGGCCUAUGCUGCCAACUGAUCUGCAGUGGUGCAGAGGAGAUUUCAAAAGCAGGGCAAGCGAGAGCGACUGUUCUAUUGAUGGUCAAAGGGAGGGCUUGGCAAGAGAGAUUGAGGGAGCUCUACUACCUCGAUCUUGGCAUAGAACCUGAUGGCAUCAUGCCCAGGAAACUUCCUUCUUCAGUAUGUAUGGGGAUUUAUAUGACACCAAAAGAGAAGUCCGGCGUGUUUCUUGGUUCUAUGGAACCCCUCGACCAGAAGCAAAUAGAUCACAUCGCAAGUUGCUUGCCCAAUAUAAUCGUGCCACAAAUUACCAACAUCGCGUGCUUAUACACCAUCGACUUUGCUGGAAAUCUAUCUGUCCGUGCUCCACCGUCUGUCGGAACUUCUUCUGCCCAUGCUACACCUGAGCUCAACACUGCAUCGCCCGGUUCGUUUGCUUGCUUCCUUUGCUUGGCUCAGGAAGGAGAAGGCCAGGACUAGCGACAAGAACCUAAGGGUCUUGCGUCACGGCCUUUGCCCAGAAGGCGAAGAACUAAAACUAAUUUUUUUUUACCUUCCAAAAAAUUACAUGAUACAUAACUACUCCCUCCGUUCAGAAAUACUUGUCAUCAAAAUGGACAAAAGAAGACAUAUCUAGACGUAUUUUAGUUCUAGAUACAUUCUUUUUUGUCCAUUUUGAUGACAAGUAUUUUCGGGCGGAGGGAGUAUUAUUAGACUUUAGAUCUCAACCAUUAUAAUCUAGACCAAUUGAUCUUUGCCCCGUUUUUUCUGGUAUGUAUACUACAAAUCUAUUUUCCAAUCCAAGUACACAAA